AUGUCUUCUUCUGCCUUCACUAUCAAUGCCGUUGUUACCACUUUUGGUGGAAAGCUUUACAAGCUUACUCACACUUCUCCAACUCUAAAGGCCUCAAUUGAUGCCAACGUGUUUGUUCCUCCUCAAGCUGCCAACGAAAAGGUUCCUGUUCUUAUUUAUCUCUCCGGCCUGACAUGUACCCCCCAGAAUGCCUCCGAAAAGGGCUUUUUGCACGCGUGGGCCGCCCACUACGGUCUGGCCAUUAUCUUCCCAGACACAUCGCCACGCGGCCUCGAACUUCCCGGCGAGCACGACUCAUGGGACUUUGGUAGCGCUGCUGGGUUUUACGUCAACGCAACACAGGAGCCUUGGGCUGGUCACUACAAGAUGUACGAUUACAUUACUGAGGAGCUACCGGAGCUGGUGUUUACUGACCCCGAGUUUGGCAGCAAGCUUGACGGGUCCCGGGUGUCACUCUCCGGUCACUCAAUGGGUGGUCAUGGUGCGCUUACUCUUUUCCUCAAGAACCCUGGCAAAUACAAGUCUGUUUCUGCGUUUGCUCCCAUUUCCAACCCCAUCAAUGCUCCAUGGGGUGUUAAGGCCUUUACUGGAUACUUUGGAGAGGAUAACAAGGACCUGUGGAAACAACACGAUGCCACUGAGCUCAUUGGAAAUUAUUCUGGGCCCACUCCAGAUAUUUUGAUUGAUGUGGGAAAGGGUGACGGGUUUUACCAGCAAAAACAGCUGCUUCCUGAAAAUCUUGUUGAAGCGUCCAAGGGCACUUCUUAUGAGGGUAAAGUUAACCUUAGACUUCACGACGGGUAUGACCACUCGUACUACUUUGUUUCGUCUUUUGCUAAGGAUCACAUUGAACAUGCUGUCAAGUAUCUCAGUGGCAAGUCAGUAUUGUAG